AUGAAUCAUGAUCAAUCUUCAAUAUUGCCUAUUUUAUUUUCUUCCCAUUCCACCUCCUGCUCCGGUUGCUCCUUCAUCUGCUCUGCUUGUUCAUCAAGCAGCUGUCCCUCCGAGACGCCUUCAAGCACGUUUCUUGCUUCUACCUCUGCUGUUUCUCCUCCUCCGAGUGAAUUGACGGCCGAUGUCUCUAGCCUGUUGGCUCUUUCCGCUUGCAGUACCGGUCCGGGACUCAUGCAGUGCUGCUCGGGUGAGAUCGUUGCGCUCUCUAUUCUGCCGUUCAACUCGUCCUCGACCACCAGCACCGCUUCAGCCAACACAGGCUCCAUCUCUUCUGUCAUACCUAACAGCCUGAACUCGAUGCCCUACUUCAGCUUUUCCCAAACACCCUCCUUCACUUCACUAUCUUCUUCUUCUUCUUCACCCUCAAUGUCCUGCCACUCCACCGUCUCUUCCAUAUCCUACGUAUCUAGUCUAUCCCCACCCAGUCAACACUUCUUGACCAACGCCUCCUCACGUUCUUCCUCCUCUUCCUCCUCGUCCUCUUCCUCUUCUGGUUUCGCGUCUUCGGCUCUCCCAUCUUCCCCAUCUCCAUCCUCUUGCUCCUGCUUCUCCUCAUCAUCCUCAUCUUGCUUCUCCUGCUCCUGUUCCUGUUCAUCUUCUUUAUCCUCUUUCUCCCCCUCCUGUUCUUGCGCCUCAUCCUCUCCAUCUUUGUCCAAUACUCCAAACUGCUUUUGUUCGAGUAACUCUAACGCACCGUCCUCUAGUUUCGCAGAGUCGGAUCACAUCAAUUUGGCCCUUAGACCUGGUCAUAUUGGUACAAAGAGUGUCGUCAAUCCUGUUUAUGAGGCCAACUCGAAAGCGAUCGGUGUGGACUUGCACGGUUCUGCUACUGCUUCCGAUGAGACUACCAUUUCGAAUGGUUGGUUCUGGUCUAGUCCCGUUGUGACAAGAGAUGUCCGAAGCCCGGAUCUUGACCCGACUCUCCCUAGCAAUCAUACUGCAGAUGAACCUCUCUGCUCCACUGGUAUAGUGAGCGGGAGUAGGCCGGAAGGACUGAUAAACCUGGUAUGUGAUUGA